AUGGCACUGGCCUGCAUUGCUAUUAUUCUUGGUUUAGCACAUCUCCUUACUGCUAAAUCCCUGGAUUGUGAGCCUCUCGUUCCAGAAAUCCUUGACAAUGCUACAAUGACCAAGCUGCUGGGCAAGUGGUUCUACAUUGCUGGGGCCUCACAGCACCCACGCACCCUACAGGAGAUGGAAUUGAUAAAGAAUGCUUAUUACUUCUUGUACCCUAGCAGCCAUCAAGACAAGUUCCUCGUCACACAAGUCAUGAGAUUGAAGGACAAGUGUGUGGUGGACAAUUCCAGUUACAUUUCAGUCAUCCAGGACAAUUCAACAAUGAUCUUGCAUGGGCCAAAUGAAAGUUCUGUAGGACAACUUAUCAAGAGCAGCUCUGAAGACACUAUGACACUAUACCACAUUGAUGGGACCCACAGAGGGUUAUCGAUCUCAGCCCGGGCCCAAAACUUCAGCACAGAGCAACUGGAAGAAUUCAAAACUCAAGUGGCAUGCCUUGGAUUGAAGGAAGAGGAAACAUUCUAUACUUCAGCUAAGGAUCUGUGUCCCAUGGAAGAAGAAAGAGAUGACAAAAAGCAGUUAGUUGAAGUGGUGGAACCAUCACUGGGGUAA